UUCAGUUUUUCCACGCCUGAUGAGAAUUGCCGAGGCACAGCAAAGCCUGCAGCUUCCAUACCCGUCAUGAGAGCAAAUAACUUAUUCGUAAACCUAAGCACUUAAUUAACUAAAUGGAAAGCAAGGCAGUGAGUGAUUCCUGACAUGGCUGAAUUUAAGUCAAGCUGUGAAGCUCCAGGUACAGCCAGAAAUGGAGAUGGACAACUUGAACUGAACCCUGAGAGCUUCUAAAGGGCUUUGGACCACUGCUUCUCAGCAGUUUUUCUUAAAUUAGCAAGAAAGCCUGGACCCCGGGUGAAACGGAGAAAUGGACAUAAGUCCCCAGUGUUUCUCCAUUCUCUUGGUUUUAUGCAUCUUUAUCCAAUCAAGUGCCCAUGGACAAAGCCUGAAACCAGAGCCAUUUGGAAGAAGAGCUCAAGCUGUUGAAACGAACAAAACGCUGCAUGAGACGAAGACCAGGUUCCUGCUCUUUGGAGAAACCAAUCAGGGCUGUCAGAUUCGAAUCCAUCAUCUGGACACGUUACAGGAGUGCGGCUUCAACUCCUCGCUGCCUCUGGUGAUGAUAAUCCACGGGUGGUCGGUGGACGGCUUACUAGAAAACUGGAUCUGGCAGAUGGUGGCCGCGCUGAAGUCUCAGCCGGCCCAGCCAGUGAAUGUGGGGCUAGUGGACUGGAUCACCCUGGCCCACCACCACUACACCAUCGCCGUCCGCAAUACCCGCCUCGUGGGCAAGGAGGUAGCGGCUCUUCUCCGGUGGCUGGAGGAAUCUGUUCAAUUCUCUCGAAGCCAUGUUCACCUAAUUGGGUACAGCCUGGGUGCACACGUGUCAGGAUUUGCCGGCAGUUCCAUCGGUGGAACGCGCAAGAUUGGGAGAAUCACAGGGUUGGAUGCCGCGGGCCCUUUGUUUGAGGGAAGCUCCCCCAGCAAUCGUCUUUCUCCAGAUGACGCCAAUUUUGUGGAUGCCAUUCACACCUUUACCCGGGAGCACAUGGGCCUGAGCGUGGGCAUCAAACAGCCCAUAGGGCACUAUGACUUCUAUCCCAACGGGGGCUCCUUCCAGCCUGGCUGCCACUUCCUAGAGCUCUACAGACAUAUUGCCAAGCACGGCCUCAAUGCCAUCACCCAGACCAUAAAAUGCUCCCACGAGCGAUCAGUGCACCUUUUCAUCGACUCCUUGCUGCAUGCCGGCACGCAGAGCGUGGCCUACCUGUGCAGCGACAUGGACAGCUUCAGCCAGGGCCUGUGCCUGAGCUGCAAGAAGGGCCGCUGCAACACGCUGGGCUACCACGUCCGCCAGGAGCCGCGGAGCAAGAGCAAGAGGCUCUUCCUCGUGACGCGAGCCCAGUCCCCCUUCAAAGUUUAUCAUUACCAGUUCAAGAUCCAGUUCAUCAACCAAACUGAGACGCCAAUACAAACAACUUUUACUGUGUCACUACUCGGAACAAAAGAGAAAAUGCAGAAAAUUCCCAUCACUCUGGGCAAAGGAAUUGCUCGUAAUAAAACAUAUUCCUUUCUUAUCACGCUGGAUGUGGAUAUCGGUGAGCUGAUCAUGAUCAAGUUCAAGUGGGAAAGCAGUGCAGUGUGGGCCAAUGUCUGGAACACGGUCCAGACCAUCAUCCCAUGGAGCACAGGGCCCCGCCACCCAGGCCUCGUUCUGAAGACGAUCAGAGUCAAAGCAGGAGAAACCCAGCAAAGAUCUCCCAACAUGAUCAAUCUGGGAAGAUUAAACUGCUCGUUCCUCUUCUGCACUGAGCUCUUCUCACAUGACUGUUUGGCCCAUUGGAGCAGUGCUGCUUCUGAGCUCUGACCCUGCCUAUGUGCUCUUAGCUGGAGAGUAAUUCCUCAGUUUUGGUGGCUGCUCACCCUGACAAUCCCAUGUGGCUUGACCUGAAAGGUUGUCUAAAGCACAACACUACCCUGUCCACUGGGGCACACCCAUGUGGUACGGAAGAAGAAAUGAGGAGAGGGAGGGGCCUGGCGCUUCCAGAGCUCCCACACAUGGUGGGCAUUGCACCAGGUGCUCCAUGGCAUUGAUCUCAUGUGAUCUUUGCUGUGACCCUGAAAUGGGUAGCAUUGGCUGUGCAGGUUAGGAACCUGAGGUUCACAGAAGUUACACAGCUUGAGGACAUUGCUCAAAAUUGUCCCAGUCCAGAUUUGACUGGGAUUUGUUCAAUUUAUUACCCAUUUGUUGAGGGUGUGCUGUUUCCAACAGUUCUUUCUUCCAUUAGUUUUGGUUCCAUUAAUCUGAAUUUUCUCAGUCUAAUCUAGCAGAGUUGCAGUGCUGGACAUGAACAUAUAUAUGCAUCAAACCCAUCCUUAGGGCUAUAGGAGUUACUGCUAAAAAAGCGUCGGGGCAUGGGGGUCAUGGGAGCAAUAAUUUUUUUUAGGUUGUAAAUACUGAGUGCCUCCUCUGUGUAUACACAGUACCAGGUACUAUUGGAGAACACACACACAAAAAAAAUCUGAGUUGUGGCUCUUGGUAGAAAUAAACUGCAGGACCUAACCGGGAAAAUAAGAUGAAUUAAUUUUACUAACGGUGUGGUCCAUCCCAGGGCUUCUCAAACUUUCACGAGCAUACAAAGCAUCUGGGAAUCCUGUUAAAAUGCAGGUUCUGCUUUAGUGAGUCUGGGGUGAGCCUGAUGUUCUGCAUUUCUAACAAGCGACCAGGCAAUGCUGUUGCUGCGGGUCCAUGGACCACACUUGAAUAGUGAGAGUCCAGCAUUACACAACCCAGGAAGUGUAAGAAGAAAGUUCAGACCGGUACACUUGGGGCUGUGCUGCAGCACGCUUUGAGGAGGCCAAGAGGUGUUCCCAGGGAGACAGGCAGCCGGCAAAGCAAUAUGGCUGGCAGGAUCAGAUGGACUCCAGUGUCAGCCAGUCCUAAACUCCCAUUUUAACUUCACUGCUCACAAUCUGUGUAGCCUCAAACAAUAACUUCACUCUUCAAGACUCAGUUGUUUAGUGAUAAAUGAGAAUCAUAACAUACAUUUCAUGACACUAA